GCGGCGGCGUGAGGGCGGCCGGGGAUCUGAGGGGGCAGCCGGGCCGAGUGGGGCCGCCGCCGCCACCAUGCAGGAGAUCAUCGCCAGCGUGGACCACAUCAAGUUCGACCUGGAGAUCGCCGUGGAGCAGCAGCUCGGGGCGCAGCCGCUGCCCUUCCCGGGCAUGGACAAGUCCGGGGCUGCUGUCUGCGAAUUCUUUUUGAAAGCUGCCUGUGGCAAAGGGGGUAUGUGCCCAUUCCGCCACAUCAGCGGUGAGAAGACAGUGGUGUGCAAGCACUGGCUGCGAGGGCUGUGCAAGAAAGGGGACCAGUGUGAGUUCUUACAUGAGUAUGACAUGACCAAGAUGCCCGAGUGCUACUUCUACUCCAAGUUUGGGGAAUGCAGCAACAAGGAGUGUCCCUUCCUGCACAUUGACCCUGAGUCCAAGAUUAAGGACUGCCCUUGGUACGACCGUGGCUUCUGCAAGCAUGGUCCCCUGUGCAGGCACCGGCACACACGGAGAGUCAUCUGUGUAAAUUACCUCGUCGGAUUCUGCCCGGAGGGACCCUUGUGUAAAUUCAUGCACCCUCGAUUUGAACUGCCCAUGGGAACCACUGAGCAGCCCCCACUGCCGCAGCAGACGCAGCCACCGACAAAGCAAAGUAACAAUCCGCCAUUACAAAGGUCGUCCUCCCUGAUCCAGUUAACGAGUCAGAACUCUUCUCCCAAUCAGCAGAGAGCCCCGCAGGUCAUCGGGGUCAUGCAGAGUCAGAACAGCAGUGCAGGCAACCGGGGACCCCGGCCGCUGGAGCAGGUCACCUGUUACAAGUGUGGUGAAAAAGGACACUAUGCCAACAGAUGCACCAAAGGGCACUUGGCCUUUCUCAGUGGACAGUGACAGCAGCUGGAGCCAGCUCAGAGCAGCCCAAGGGGCCCUGCUGGGAGUGUGCACUUGACUACUGGAUGUAGUGUUGGUGGGACUCUGGCCGAGCCUGCGGGCACCUGUGCAGGGCCACAGUGGGGCCCUCUCUUGGUCUAUCUUUGUGCUGUAAGUUAAGGGACACAUGUUUCAGUGGGGCUCCCAAGUGACCACCACAUUUGCCUGGGCACCAGGGCCUUUUGCUGGGCCUUCCUUAAUACCAGCCUUGGGGGGAGGGGGGAGAGGAUAGUGCUUGAGGCAAAAGGCUCUUGGGUAUGGAAGAUGGCCUUUCUUCUCAGGGCAGCUCAUGUGAGCCUGUGGGCUGGUCGUGUCAGCUUCUUCACACUUGGCAUCAUGAGUCCUGAAGCCACCCAUAUGAUCUGAAUGAGGGCAUCUUCCCCGCCAAGUCCAGUCACUUCCUGCCCUGUCUGGCCCUGGGCUCACUCCUGUGGAGCACCCUGCCUAACAGUGCUUAAAGUACACUUUCAGCUGGAAUCACAGACCACCCCUUAAAUAGCUGACCCAAUCCUUCUGCGCCUACCUCCUGCCAAUGGAGCAUCUGUACUGUCACUCAGACAUGGGGCAUGCGGAGGAAACCACCCCAUCUUGGAGCCUAGAAAAUGUGAAACCAUCACCUGCAGCCUGCUGGGCAAGUGGGCCUAUCCCAGUUCAACCACAACACCAUUUUUAUGAAGUUGAUUAAAGCUUGUUUUUUAAA